AUGAAAAAAUUACCUUAUAGUUAUUAGGAGCUGAAUAUAUUUGAUAACAAAUACAUUAUCAAAUAGUAAUUAAGUUCAGAAUCUUUUAGAAUUGUUUUUCUUCCUAUACAUCAAAUUACUAAAGAAGAGAUGAUGACUGUAAAAUUAGAAAAAGAAUAAUAACAAACAUUAGAUCAAUAAGCUUAUUAUAUGGUAUCUAAGGAAUCAUUAAACUUUAUUGAUUUGGAAGUGAACAAUACUACUAUAUAAUGGUAAUUGAAAUUCUAGACAAAGAUUUAAGCUAAUAUGUAAAAACUUAGAAACAAUUAUCAAUAAAAACUGGUUUACAAUUAUUAGAAUACAUUAUAACAAUAAAAUUAGAUUUAUUCAUAACUAAGGAAUCGUUCAAAGAGAUUUCAAAAUAAAAAAUGUUAUAAUGGGUAAAAUUAAAUCUGUAUAAACCUAUUUAACUGA